AUGAGGCAGAUAGAGGAGAGGCAUGUUGCAAAUCAAGUAGAUCUAAUGGUUUGGAGUAAUAAACUCGAUUUACUGGCGAUAAGUAAUUUCAAAGGUGAAGUUCAAAUACACAGGCUGAACUGGCAAAAGGUGUGGAAUUUUUCUCCUCCAAAAGAUUGUACUAGUGUUCGCGCCAUGGCAUGGCGACCUGAUGGUAAGGCCUUGGCCAUUGGUUACAGCACAGGUAUUGUGUACAUAGUCGACAUUGAAGAUAAGGAAGUGCUGGAAAAAUUAGAUCUGGAGUUGGAGAUGUCAGAAGAGUUUGAGGAUGCCAAGACAUAUGGCAUUACUUGCAUCACAUGGGCUGUUCGUGAGGGUGCUUUGGAAAAUGCCACUGAAUAUAAUGUUUAUGAAGACACAUCAAUAUUCCUACAAAAGCCUCCAUCUUUUAGCAAUGGAUUCCAAAAACAGGAUUCGGAUGAUAAUAUAAAAGAUUUCAAAGAAGUACCAGAACCCACACAGCUGAAUAUGCUUGUAGUUGGCUAUGGGACUGGCUAUGUCUACAUGAGCAUUUUUGGAAGAUAUCCAUAUGGGACCAUCCAUCUUGCACAAGUUGCUAAAGAUGAGUGUGGAGAGUACAGAGUUCUUGAUAUUUGUUUAUCAGAUGACUUUAGCAUGAUGCAAGUUUUCUACCAAGAUAGAUCAUCCAUGACCGUUUUUGUAGCAUUAAUAAACACAAGUGUGCUCUCAGCAUAUGCAGAGGAAAUGUUCCUAGUGGCAAAUAAGCAUGGUCAAGUGUUGCAGUUGAUGUCGUAUUUGGAUCAAACUAUGAUUUCAAUAACUGAGGCUUGGGAACAUAUUUUACUGGAAAUGGAUAAUAAAAUGGCUAAUUAUGCAGCUUCUGUACCUGAAGGUGGGGUUUCGGCUGACUUGUUGGAGCUUCUUAUGCUAGGUGUACCAUCAGAUGAACUAGAGAUAUUCCUUUUACAAGAUUUAACAGCAAAAGGUUUGAAGAAGUUUGGAAGUUCAGUUGAAUUAAGCUAUUCAACCAUUCAGAGAUUGGUUUUAAAACAACUGAAUAUUGUCGGACAUAGCCUAACAUAUUAUCUUUCUGAAAUAAGAGGGAUUACCAGAAUACCUGAUAGAUUUAAGAUUCUGGGUAUUGAAGAGAGUGCUGUGACUGAAGCAAUCAAAGCAUGUUGUGCAUUUCUCAAUAAGUGUUUGGAACUGCAACAGGUUAUUGACUCAUCAAUGCGCAACUAUAAAGGAUUCUUUAGAUGGCUAUUUGUAGCCAUUGUCAGGUUACUGGACGAACUGAUGCCGAGCAGUGACAUUGUCAAGAUUACACAGCAGGAACUCACUCACAUUGCUGAGUUCUUGUAUAACUUCGACAAUGUUCAAACAACAGAAGGCAGUGGUAGUGGUAGUGAAAGCCCUGAUAAAACUGUUAAGUUCAACUUGGAGAGACUAGGACAAUAUCUUCAAGACCAAGAUUUGACAAUAUUGCCCGAUGACGAAGAUAAUCCUUGGUACAAGUUCCUAAGGGCCAAUACUUGCAUAUUGAAAGAAAGUGAAACAAUAUUCAAUAUGUCAGAGUUUAGAAGAUUUUCUUUAGUACAACAGCAGAGAUUUUUAAAAGAUGCUAUUUAUAAGGUGUUUGAUGUCACAGAUAAAGACAUUGGCAGAAAUUUCUCUAUAUUGUUUAAUAUAAAAUGUUAUGAAGAUAAAGUCACUGUUCAUUCUGAAGAGAGCUUAAGGCUGACUCAAAUAUUUGACUCGCGGCAUCAAAGAUUUUUGACAGCAUUUGUCCACACAAGUAGUGAGGAAGGUAUUCGCUUUGUGGCAGCAGACAUUAAAGAAAAAGCUUGUAAUUCUUCAGCUGUUAAGUACUACUUCACUUCCAAGCUUUUACAGGAUGAGAAUGCAGAUGAACGUCACAUGUCGGUCUUAGACCUACAGUUUUAUUCUCCAGAUUACCUUUCUGUACUUACUACUCAUCCUCAUAAUGAAGACAAUACUGUAUUUAUUCAGCUACCUCUCAAAAAUGCAAUAGAUCAUUCAAUGGAGUUUCAUAUCAAAUGCAAAACUUGCAUUUUCACUGACAGCAUUUCAAGGAUAAAUAUUUCUCCACUGUUGGAUGAAGGUGUCUAUAAAAUUCUUGAAAAGAUGGAUGGUUUUCGAAUUGCUGUGUCUGUAGGUCGAAAAGUUGCUGUGGUGUUGUCUAAGAGCCACAGAAAAGUAAGGAUAUUUGAAAUGGAAGCAGAUGGCGAAGACGAACAGGACGAAACUUUAGAUACCACUCCACAAUCACAAGAUGCUUGCGGCGAUCGAAGCUCACCAGAUAACCAGAAAUCCGAAGAUUCAAAUGACGAUUCAUCAUCAUCUGAUCAAAAUCUCUCAUUUUAAUUAUGCUGUAAAAAUAAAAUACGU